GAGCAGCGGAGUAGCAAGGUCCAAUCUCGGUCUAGGGGCGGAGUCGAGGAGCGCAGGCACAUUACCUUUUACUGAGAGGGAUCAGUUUACCUCGCGGCCUGAUCAAGUUACUUCUACUGCUUUGUAAGGGGACACGAAGUAAAAAAACCGGAUCCGUGAUAUUUUAUACAUUUCUGAAAUUGAAUAUCAAGACUCUUCUGUAAUUACAAACCAUAUCAUGUACUCAGUGAUGGAAGGUUUGGAACAGGGAGUUCAAUACAAUACUCCAUCCUACCUACACGCUCCAACCUUAACCUCUACAGCAUCCAUCCUCAACCUAUCCUCAGAGUUCCACAGUUCCUCCCUUACAUCAAACUCCGGAGAACAAUAUGAUCAGAGUCAUGAAUACAAGACAGAACCAUCAACUCCAACCUGUACCCAGGAUACAUAUAACUCCUACCCAACCACCUUCACCCCCUCACCCUCCUCCAGUGGGUGUGAGUCCCCCAGCACCCCGGGGAACGGAUACAACUACUUCCCCUGCAACCUCCACGAGAGCGCAGAGAGGGACGUGGUUCCAUUCCCUGCUCCGACCCCUCCUUUAUCAGCUAGUCAUCAAUCUAAAGAUAUCCAACAUAUUCUUCCUGAACCUAUUGAUAGAAAAUCACAAUGCUCCUUCACUCCUGAGCAGAUAGACUGCAUUUGUGAUAACCUUCAAAAUAGAGGAGACAUUGAAACGUUAGGGCAUUUUCUGCAUGUUUGGUCCGAAGACCCAGCUAAGAAGGAGACAGACAGUGUGAUGCGAGCAAGGGCUGCGGUCGCGUUUCAGAACGGAAACUUCAAGGAGCUCUACAACAUACUGGAGAGCAGAACCUUCGAUACCGCCUACCAUCAUCAGCUACAGGAGAUGUGGUUCAAGGCACACUACUCAGAGGCGGAGAAGAUCAGAGGACGGGCCUUAGGAGCUGUUGAUAAAUAUAGACUCCGGAGAAAAUAUCCUCUGCCGGGAACUAUUUGGGACGGAGAAGAAACAGUUUAUUGCUUUAAAGAGAAAUCAAGAAAUUCUCUAAAAGAAAUGUAUAAACUUAACAAAUAUCCAACCCCUGAUGAGAAACGUCAGCUCUCUAAAAAGACCGGAUUAACCCUAACCCAAGUUUCCAACUGGUUUAAAAACCGGAGACAGAGAGAUCGAACCCCAGGGAUGAGAGGGGAUAUGGACGGUGUUGGAUCCCCUGAUGGUGUAAUGGAUCCAUCCAUGCUAGAUCUCAGGUAUCCGACUCCGGGAGCCUACUCUCCCAAGAUUUCUUAUGAAUCAUUCCAUUCGGGUCGAGUAGGUUCAGGAGAUACAUAUUCUUCUGCUCAUUUCUCUGCAGGCGCUUCUCCUCAUCCUCUCUAUUCUACAGGUUUUGGUCUGCAAGGCCUAAUGAAGUCUGAACUGUGGGGGAAUCCUGGCUACUCCCAUGUCAACUACGGAUUAACUUCAAGUCCUGGGAUUCAAUCAGCCAACUCUGUGUAAAAAAAUCUUCCUUCUCCUAUUGAACAUACCUACUCCAAAAUUAUUUAUCCUAAAUAUUGUAAAGGUUCCAAAAAGAAGGAGCUAAAAUGGAAAACUAUUAUUCAAGAGUGAGGAACAGACUCUGAAAAAGCAUUUAAACGAUUUAAACCUGUUCACUAGUCAUUACUGGAGUCAGAGUUGAGUAAAACUGUUGAUCUCGCAGAACAUUGUUAUCUUGCAAACUUUGCAGAGUCAAGAUUUGAUUAUCAACAACCUGCUCCUAUAGUAGCAGUUUGGAUCUAGAUGUUUUAUAUUAUGUGUUAAUCUUUGAACUAGGAUAUUCGUCCCAGGACGGUUCUCCGGGAUAACCUUGACAGUGAUGUGAUAACAAGAGGUUGAGACAAAACAACGGAAGUCUCAAUUGCAUUUUCUCAAGUUGGCACGCAGAGGACUAACAAAGCGCGGCAUUCAAUAUUUUAAAUGUUUCCUUAAGCCAAACCAAACAAUUGUGGAACCUGGAACCAGAAAAGCUGGAACCUGGAACUUGGAACCAAGCAUUUAACAUUCAUCAAAUUUUCCUUUUUAUCAAGUAAGAUAAGAACCAGAAAAUGUUGUUGAUGCAUUAUGUAAAUGUAUUCCUAUAAUAUAUGUGAUACUUGUACCAUCAUUCAGUAUAUAUCAACUCUCAGGGUUUAAACUUAGUGCGUUUAUGUAUUUUGUGAACACGAUAAAUAUAUUUGUGAAUUUA